AUGGGAAAUCAGAGCAGGAGAACCUGUCUCCCUAUUUACACCAUUAUUCCUUUGCUUCUGGUCGUCCUCUUGUCGUUGCCUGCAGGCAAGAUGGCGCUGGUGGAAGCUGCCAGAGUUCCUGCUGCCACCUUGGUGGGGAAGAGUACAAGUGAUGAGUCGGCGGCCAGUAGCUGGAGGAUAGUGGCGGCGGUGCGCAAGUUUGGUUAUACGGUAGUGGGAAGCAGAUCAAGAACCAGCGGGCACGGCCAUGAUGUGUAUGGUCGCCGCAGAUGUUGCUACUGA